GAGUACGGGCAGUAAUUUACCAACCUCAGCCCCGACAUCUUCAGUAGGUGCCAUCAGCAUGUCUACAAGUGAUAAGAUUGAUCCUGCUGUAGCCGGAGGAUUCACAAUGUUAGGGAGAUGUCUUUGCAACGAGUAUACUCUUCUAUUGACUCUGCCACAAAUGUCGAAGAAACUGUACCCUCUCAACCAGGAACCGUAAAGUCCUCUGAUGUACCACCUGUUUACGCAAAUAACAUAAUAAGACGUCCAUCUUUUAAAGCCCAAUUGAUCCCAACAAAUAUUGGCGAAGCCGACCCAAAAAAUACAAAGUACUCUUCUAUUUUUAACAAUCGCUGUCAGCUUUUACCAAAUGUUAUUGGUGAAGUUAGCUCUAACCCACAACAUCAAAACAAAGUAUACAUUCGUGAAUGCUCCUUCCAAGGCAAAUCGGCGUUGAUACACUAUUUUAAGGGUAGCGACGGCGAAAAAAAAUUCGAAAACGCAAUACAAGCUCUUCAGUUUCCUCUUUUGAAAUCCCGUAAUAAUCGUAUUGUUGAAUAUUUUGAUGCUGUACAAUUAAAAAAACCAACUAGUGCCGAUAAUGGAUUCAAAUUCAUCAUGAUUACUUCAUUUUAUGAGCCGAGUCAAAGCCUAGCAUCUUUAUACCGAUUUAAAGACGAACAAAUAGUAGAUGUCCUGGACGAAACCUUCAUUGUUUACACUGUAUACUCUUUGUUAUUAGCUGUUAGAGAUCUUCAUGCUGCUGGUUAUGUCCAUCGUGGAUUAUCUGAACAUUCCUUUUAUGCAGAGAGCACUGCACCUACAACAGAUUGGAUUUUAGCCGAUUUUGAUGAAGCUGGCCUAGUGUCUGCCACCUAUAGUGUACCCCCUAGUAAAUGCGAAUACUAUGAUACCUUGUACGACGGUAAAACAUAUGAAUACGCAUCAGAUAUUUUUGCUCUUGGGAUAUUGCUAUUUAAAGUGAUUUCUGGGGGACAAAGCAUCAAUUUAGGUACCAACAGUGAUUACUCAGAUCGUAUUGAGCAACACAUACAAGGAAAGGAAUUUAGCAAUCAAUAUCGCUCGUUGUUAAAUUCAACAUUAUGCAACAGUCCUUACACGAUACGUCUAACUGCUCAACAGCUUGUUGAUCUCUGGGAAAGCAGAUUCGAUUUUGGACAUAGUCACUAGCUAAGCGAAUAAAAAUAAACUCCCAAUAUCCUUCUUAUUAGUCCAAUUGUUUGUUUGUAUUGUUUUUUAAAAAACAAGUUAGAUCUUACCACUACUGCUACCUAUGCAUAAAGCUUCCUUUGCAUAAUGCCGACAAAUUCUCUAAACGAUUUCAAGUUCCUCCCCGUUUAUUGGGACGUGAUGCCGUC